AUGGAAUCAUCUCCGCUGGAUUUUGUUGCGCAAUCUUGCAUGGAUUUAACAGAGGCAAUAAAGGAGGUUCAAAGUGAGACUGAGCGCGAUACUCUAAUUACAAACCAUAUCAAGAAAGUUUGGUCUACAGUUACUCCGAUUGAAGACUUUAAGAAAAAUUUAGAAUGGGUAAAUGUGUCUGAAGCAAUAUCGUUAUCGCAACAUUGCUCUGACAAAGUUGUGAUAUUGGAUUUCUGGACUUAUUGCUGCAUCAACUGCUACCAUGUGCUGCCUGACCUGGCCCAUAUUGAGAAACUGCAUUCUGUUGAGAGUGGUCUAGUUGUGAUAGGAGUGCACUGUGCCAAGUUUUCAAAUGAGAAGGAAUCAGCCAAUGUAUUAGCAGCUGUACAAAGAUACAAUAUACAUCAUCCUGUAGUGAAUGAUGCCGACAGCUGCAUGUGGGAUGCACUCGGAAUAAAGUGCUGGCCCACACUACUUAUAUUAGGUCCUGGUAAUAAGCCCCUCUUUAUACUAACGGGUGAAGGUCAUAAAGAUGAAUUGGUGUGGUAUGUGGGCAUGGCGCUGGCGCACUUUGGAAGUCGCAUAUCUACGACUCCAUUACCCAUGGCUCAGACAAACCAUUUGAAAAGUAAAGAGGAAUCUAUCUUGUAUUUUCCUAGCAAGCUUGCCUUGAACCCGUUCUAUCGCGGUCGUGGCGACGAGCCUUUCCUGGCGAUCUCAGACACUGGCCACCACCGCGUGCUGCUCACUGACUGCGCGGGGGCCGUCGUAAGGAUUGUUGGGGGGAAGGAAGCUGUCUUCAAGGAUGGCAAACUGACCGAGGCCCAGUUCAACGCCCCACAAGGUCUGUGCUGGCUGUCCAGCAACGUGUUGGCAGUGUGCGACACCAACAACCACGCCGUGCGCGCCAUACACCUCGACGAGGGCACGGUGGAGGUACUCGCGGGGACUGGAGAACAAUCUGCUUUUGGGGAUUUAGGUGGCAAAUGCCUCGGCGUGCAAGCCCUCGCGUCUCCGUGGGAUGUGCUCCUGUAUUCGACUCCCGACAUGGACAUGUCAGUGCGACCACUCCUGCCACCCCCACCUCCCCCACCUAACAGCCAAACUGGGCCUGACAAGGAGAAGGAAGUGGCUAAAGAUGAAACGAAAGAAAAAGAAAAGAAAGACGAGAAACGCCGAGUGCUACUGAUUGCUUGUGCUGGUUCUCAUCAGAUUUGGGCUCUGUUCCUCGACACUACGAUUUGGUGGAAGUACAAGACAUUUACUGAAGGUACGUGUGUGUGUGUGGCGGGUACAGGCGCGGAGGCCGCCCGGAACAGCGCGUACCCCAACACGGCCGCAUUCGCGCAGCCUUCCGGACUCACGCUUAGAAUGGGAUCAAGUCCAGAAAUCUUCAUAGCAGACUCAGAAAGUUCGUCGAUCCGUAGACUGGCGCUGACGACGGGACAGGUUUCCACGCUGUGCGGCGGUGACCGUAACCCUUUGAAUCUCUUCGCUUUCGGAGAUGUAGAUGACACUGGUAUCGACGCAAAGUUCCAACAUCCUCUAGGCGUGGCAUACUGCGAAUCUUCAAAGACCCUCUACGUAGCAGACACAUACAACCAUAAAAUUAAAAAGGUCGAGGUUGGACCUCAAAAGGUUACCACAUUAAACCCAACAAUGAUAGAGACCACUGACCCAGCGCUAUUCAAUGAGCCUUCAGGGCUCGCCAUCACUGCCGACGGCAAAUACUUAUACAUUGCAGAUACCAACAACCACGGUAUCAAAAUCCUCAACCUAACAAAAAACGUGUGCCAAGACUUCAAAGUGCGAUUACAAGAACCUAAGUUCACUGAACCAGACAACUUGAUUCUGUACAAAAAUGACCUAUUUGUCAAUAGGAAAUGUGGUAAUCUGAUCAUUUAUUUCAACGUCAGUUUGGAUGCUGACACCAAAAACGUCAAGUUCACUCCAGGAGCGCCACAAAACUGGCUGGUGUGCAUUCGAGAUGAGAAUAACAAGGAUGUGACUCAAGAAGAUUUUGAAUUCAUAAGUUCUUCGCACAAAGGUAACAAGCUCCCUGGCCGAGUGGAAAUGAAACUUAAACAACGAACAGAUAAGUUCCUUUAUCGCUUGUACCUCAGUUUUCACACGGCGUUGUGUGACGCAGCCGUAUGUUUCUCACAUUCUUUUACGAUCCGAUCAACUAUUUUAGUUCGGGAUUCUGUCAAAAUGGUGGAGUCGUAUAAAAUUACUUGUAAAGUGAAUCCUGUUAAUAGACCGGAUACUAAAAAUAAGGAUGAACAGAAGUAG